GCCGGGUGGGCGCUGCCCGGGCGCGGAGCCCCCGGUGCCGCUGGCGCUCAGCACAGCCUCCGAGCCCAGGCGGCUGCUCCCUGGCUCGGCUCCAGGUUAUCGGGUCCUGGAAACAGCUUUUAGGCUCCCACCCUAAAUCCGUACCGGCACUAGGCAGUGGCCAAACCUGUUGAGUUUUGGGGCUCGGGCUUUUUGCCUGGAGAUGUGUCGAGGUUUUCUUUCAAGUCGGGAAUGAAGGGAGGCUCAUGGAGCGGGACUGUGGAGCGCCUCUACGACUCCUGCUGAACCCGUCCUGGCAUCUGGGAAGUGCUUCCUGGUAGUCUUGUUACAACGCGGGAGCUAUUUGCUGAGACGGACAUUUACACACGUGCCGUGCAUUUUCCUUCAGUGUGCUGAACUGAGUAUAACGCACUUCAGUAUAUUGCCUUCAUUUUCCUGUGUGUUAUAAGGAGUACAAUAUAUAUGUCUAGAUAAAUGAGUUAAAAUUGGGAUAGGAGAACUAAUUUUCACAGUGUUUAGUGAAGGUAGUGUCUAAACACAAACACUGUUAGUAUUUUUUCCAGGCUUCUGUAUUUGUUUUCUUUUGCUUAGUGUGUCACUAGCCUUUGGCAUAAGGCCAGAUGUCAGAUGAUGGCGCAUGCUUUGUCUACUGUUUUCUUGUCGUGAAACUACUGGCUGGGAAUAGUGAGAAGGGAAGUAGUUUAAAGAGCUUCUGUGUAGUAUUUGGAUGUAAUUUACAUCUGCAGACCUAGUGUGUACGUGUUCUUUCUGGAGGCUUUGUUAUUAAUAGUGAUGUUGAUUUUCAGUUUUCGUUUCAAGUCUUUCUGAACACUCGCUGGAUUAUAAUGUUUUGGGUGGUUUUGUACUUUUGACUCAUCAGAAAUAUCUAAAGAGUAAAAAUUCAGGUGGAGUGUAUAGAUUAGGCUGAAAUAAUGGGUUAGUGGGAAGGGGAGAACUCAGAUGACUUUAACUUUUGGUAGGAUAUUUUCUGCAAUUGAAAGGAUUAGAAGUUCUGUUUUGGCACAAUCAGAUUGAGGUUUGGUGGGUGCUCAUGACAAAUUUUUUGUGAUCAACUUCUGUGCAUUCUGCUUUUUAGCUCAAGCAAAAUGGUUUUGAUGAAUAUAUGGACACCAAUUCUUGGAUGUACUUCCAAGAGUGACUUGCCCAAAUCAUCCAGAUUCCAUUUUAGUAGAGGAUUACAGAGCCGGUGAUAUGAUCUGUUCCGAGUGUGGGCUAGUAGUAGGUGACCGGGUCAUAGAUGUAGGAUCGGAGUGGAGAACUUUCAGCAAUGACAAAGCAACAAAAGAUCCAUCUCGAGUUGGGGAUACCCAGAAUCCCUUGUUGAGUGAUGGCGACUUGAGUACAAUGAUUGGCAAGGGCACAGGUGCAGCAAGUUUUGAUGAAUUUGGGAAUUCAAAGUACCAGAAUCGCAGAACUAUGAGCAGCUCCGAUCGUGCAAUGAUGAAUGCUUUUAAAGAGAUCACCAACAUGGCAGACAGAAUCAACCUCCCUAGAAAUAUAGUUGAUCGAACAAAUAAUUUAUUCAAGCAAGUGUAUGAGCAAAAGAGCCUGAAGGGAAGGAGUAACGAUGCUAUUGCUUCUGCUUGUCUCUACAUAGCCUGUAGGCAAGAAGGUGUUCCAAGAACAUUUAAAGAAAUCUGUGCAGUGUCCAGGAUUUCAAAGAAGGAAAUAGGCCGGUGCUUUAAACUGAUUUUGAAAGCUCUUGAAACCAGCGUUGAUCUCAUUACAACUGGAGACUUCAUGUCAAGAUUCUGUUCCAAUCUGGGCCUCCCUAAACAAGUACAAAUGGCAGCAACACAUAUUGCCCGUAAAGCUGUGGAAUUAGAUUUGGUUCCUGGGAGAAGCCCUAUCUCUGUAGCAGCUGCAGCUAUUUACAUGGCAUCGCAGGCUUCUUCAGAGAAAAGGACACAAAAAGAAAUUGGUGAUAUUGCUGGUGUGGCUGAUGUUACCAUCAGACAAUCCUACAGGCUGAUCUAUCCUCGAGCUCCAGAUCUCUUCCCAGCAGACUUCAAGUUUGAUACCCCAGUAGACAAACUACCACAGCUGUGAAAUUGCAGAGAGUUGCUUUCAAUUUCUAUUAAAUUCCCCCCCCCCAACAACAACAAACUUCUGAUUUUUGCCUAUAAUAAAGGAUGUACAAAGUGUUAA